AUGCCAACUGUGAUCCGAAUAAAUAACGGUGCCGUCCAAAAUCCAUUGGAAAGCAAUGGAAAAAGUAUCAAUGCUAUUUAUCAAAAAACAAAAUAUCAUUCACGAAUUGUAAAAAGAACUUGGCCAUCAACAACUAAGAACAAUGUAUCGAAAUAUUCAAGCUGUCAAAGACCAUCAUUUGAUCAUGCUGAACAACCGCGUGUUUGCAAGAAUCUUUCAACAAUUAAUUCAAAAACUAAUGAACAACCAAGAUUAUCAGAAAAAUUAGCAAAUAACUUUUCAAAAUUAAAUUUACGCAGUCCAGUGCUUUCAAAUAUUUCUGAUAAAUCGUUGAAUGCAACUAAUAUUCGUCUAAUUACAAAAACCAAUCUGAUUAAUCAACGUAGACAUGGUGUUCAUCGGUCAGUACCUAUUUUAAAUAAUAUUUCUCUUCUCUAUCAAAUGAUAACAUUGGAUAGAUGUUGUAAAUAUUCACCACGUUGUUGUAUUCUAUUCUCUGGAUUAUUUCUUGUUACAACCGUUGCUUUGGGCAUCGCUGCCACAUCACUCGCCACUCACUUCGGUAAAACAUUACCUCUUAAUUUUUUUUCUAAUGGCCUAUUUCGAAAAUCUACAGUAUCGAUAACCACAACAACAACCAGCACUACGACCAGCGACACGACUACUACAUCGACAACUGCAACAACAACAACUAGCACUAGUACUUCAACUACAUCCGCUACGACAUCAACUUCAAGUACUUCAAGCUCAACUAGUACGACUUCUCAGACAACAAGUUCUACAAGUUCCACGAGUUCUACUAGUACGACGACUGUGACAACAAGUUCUACUAGUACAACUUCAACGACAACAAGUUCUACAAGUACGACUUCAACGACAACAAGUUCUACGAGUUCCACAAGCUCUACUAGUACGACUUCAACAGCAACAACAAGUACAACUGCAACAACAGCCACAACCACAACAGUAACUACAACUUCAACGACUGUUACAAUACCUAUACCAUGUCCAGCAACAGCAUCUUUUCCCGGUCCAGCUAUAUUGAAGACACUGAUAGGCGCAGUAUCGAAUUAUAGUUGUUAUAGUUAUAACUGGACAGCUACAGCUACUAUGCAUACAAUCAACUUUAGAUUUCGAUAUGAUACUGACAAUUGGUAUCUAGAUGAUGUAUCCAUCUAUGAUAGCUUAGCUAAUCAACUAAUUCAAAAUGGUGGAUUUGAGGGUGGAACUUCUGGCACAGCAAACGGUAAUCCAAUGGCUGUUAAUUGGAAUUGGUCUGGAUCAUCGUGUGGCUGUUGUAGUGGUGUUGACAAUUCCGAUCCUAAAAGUGGUACCCAUGACUGGCAAGAUGGUUGUUCUGGAGGAACUGAUACUUUGUCACAAUCAUUUUCAACAACUGUUGGGGAUAUGUAUUUUGUUAGCUGGUGGUUGGAUGCCGGCUCAUCCGGGGCAGCUAAAUUUAAUGUUACUAUAACUUAA